AUGAACUAUCUUUUGCCGCCCGAAUGGACAACGACUUUCGUCCCGUUACAAGACAAGUGUCCCAUCUCGUCGUUUCAAUCCAUCCAAGACAUGUUUCGCAGGGAUACUAAUGGAGAGCUAUGGGACAUCUUUUCUGACUUCUCGAGCGAACCCAUUGGCGCGGCCUCUCUCGCCCAGGUCCAUCUAGCGACUCUAAAGGACUCGGGUCGCAAAGUUGCCGUCAAAGUGCAGCAUCCUGACCUUGAGGCAUUUGCGCCAUUGGAUCUCGCCCUCACCAAGUACACCUUCUCUACAUUGAAACGAUUCUUCCCCGAGUACGACCUCGAAUGGCUUUCGUCCGAGAUGGAAGUAUCACUGCCAAAGGAACUCGACUUCCAACAGGAGGCAGACAACGCCAGGCGGAUGAAGGCGCAUUUUGCGAAAUUGCCCGAACUGCCUCUCGUGGUACCCGAGGUAAUUUGGGCCAAGAAGCGUAUCAUUGUCAUGGCCUGCGAGUCCGGUGCUCGGCUUGAUGACCUCGAGUACCUGGACAAGAACGGAAUCGACCGUGACGAGGUGUCGGCGACACUGGCACGCAUUUUCAACGAAAUGAUUUUCGGAGACGGCGCGCCGCUGCACUGCGACCCCCACGGUGGAAACUUGGCCGUUCGCAAGAACAAUACUCGCCGGGGCAUCGGACGCGGCCCCAACUUUGAUGUCAUACUCUACGACCACGGUCUCUACAGAGACAUCCCGCUGCCCUUGCGGCGCUCUUACGCCAAGAUGUGGCUGGCAGUCAUUGACGGCGACAUGGACCGCAUGAAGAAGUACUCGCACGAAGUUGCCGGCAUCAGCGACCAAGAUUUCCCGCUUUUCGCGUCCGCCAUCACGGGACGCGACUUUAGCGUCGUCAGCAACCAGGGCUCUAUCCUGCAGACCCGCAGCGCCGACGAGGAGCAGAACAUGAGCUCGUCCCUCCAAGAAGGGCUCAUUGUCGAUCUGGUGCAGAUGCUCAGCCGCGUGCCGCGCAUCAUCCUUCUCAUUCUCAAAACAAACGAUUUGACGCGAAGCCUGGACGAGAGCCUACAAACUCGCCAAGGUCCCAUUCGCAGCUUUCUGAUCCUGGCGCGAUACUGCACGCGAACCGUCUUCCAUGAACAGCUGGAGCAGAUCGGCAACAAGGGAUCACUCCUCUGGCCGCCAAAUGGCCUGAGAGUGUUUGCUGCGUGGCUGGGCUACAUGAGGGUUGAGUUGAAGCUGGAGGCUUUUGAGCUCUGGCUGGGUGUGAAGCGGAUGCUGGGAUUGGAGGUGAAAUUCCGCUAG